AUGUUGUUCACAGUGGUUAGAUGCGCUAAAGAGCAGAACUCCAAAAAUGACCGUUCGUCAUCGGGAAACAGUCACAAUCUGUUAUAUGACGUGGUUAUUAACGAGCGGCCGGAUACCGGACAGGGUUUCAAGGACAGCGAUGCGCCGGACGUCGCUAAGCUCGAUGACGAUGACAGUGGCAACGGUGGUAAGGUGCUAGCACGCGUUGCGCUCGGCAGGUUGGUGGGCAAAAAAGUGGUCGUUCCGAACCUCGAUUGGAGCCCCGACACCGACUUUGAGCCGGGGACGUCACCUCAACAGGCGCAUGGCACCGAGAAGCGGCAGCGUCGCAACGUGACGAUCUUUGCUUUCCUCGGCGUCCCUUAUGCGCAGCCGCCGGUGGGCAGUUUGCGUUUCCAGGCUCCAAGGAUGCAUUCCUCUUUUCCGGCUGACGAUCUUCUCACAACCAGUUACAAAGCUGCUUGCCCACAGGACAUCUUUUCCCGCUCUACGUUGUACGUUGACGUUCCUUACGAGUUUAGUACGGACGAGGAUUGUCUUUACCUCAACAUGUCAUCCUCAUCCAGGCAAUAUCCCGUCAUUGUGUUCUUUCACGGCGGCGGUUUUCAGACAGGUUCUGCAAAUGACUGGCCCGGUCAUGUUUUGGCUAGCAAAGGAUUUCUGAGUCUUGGGGAUCAGUUCACUGGAAACUACGGAUUGAUGGAUCAAACAAUGAUAUUGCGUUGGGUCCGUGACAAUAUAUACGCGUUCAAUGGCGAUGCUGGUCAAGUAACCAUUAUUGGCCACGGAGCCGGUGCCGCCAGCGUUGGUCUUCACAUGCUCAUGAAACCUUCGGCAGGUUUGUUUCAUGCCGCCGUUGCGAUGAGUGGCGCUGACGUUUCUUAUCACCAAGUCAUUACCAACCCGAUGCUAGCAUUUAACAACACGAUGAAGCUCGGACGUCAGAUGGGAUGCACACAGUCUUCGCUACCCGCCGUAUGGAAUUGCUUCCUAACACGAUCUCCGGGCGAUCUGAUCGAUGGUGCCAGAAACAUGUUGGUCGAAUAUAAUCGAUACGCAUUUCUGCCAGUGGUCGACAAAAACGUGUUGCUUGAUUCGCCGGAGCGCAUGUUGCAACAGAAGCUUAUGGUUUCGCCAGUGCCUUACGUAACAGGAGUGAACGUCGACGACGGUGGCGAAGUUUUACUCGCUGAACGCGAUUUGGCAAGAGUACAGUUUCUGAUCGAUCAAAAAUAUGUCCACUACAAGAUACUGGACUACGUCAUAAAAAGAAAUUAUACGACAAAUCGAGAACCGGCGGUGGAAGCGAUCAAAUACGAAUAUACAUAUUGGCCUGAUCCUGCAGAUAAUGAUAAAGUUCGGCAAGAGUUUAUUCGUUUUGCAACCGAUGCGUAUUACGUGGCUCCGGUCAGCAAAGCGGCCCAACUGCGUUCAGAAGCCGGGAGUAUGGUUUUCAUGUAUGUUAAUAAUUACAGCAUUACUGCGCGCUCUGGUGCUGAUGGCCAUCGCCUAGUCCCGGAUUGGAUGGGUGUGUGUCAUGAAUGUGACUUAUAUUUGCUAUUUGGCUUUCCGUGGAUGCCAAAGAACCUUCUACCUUUGCCUCUGCAAGGUGCGUCUUGGAGCGACGACGACCGUUCUGCUAGCGACACCCUAAUGACAAUGUGGAAGGGAUUUGCUAGCGUACGGUAAGA